AUGGCGUUGACUUCGAGCACAGCUGGUUACAAAUUUAUGACGAGCGCAUUGGUCGACAUUUACGAUUCAAACCGGCGACGAGUUCGAUGUCGGGCUUUACUGGACACUUGUUCCACGGCCAAUCUUAUAACCGAAAAGUUGGCCACGACACUGCGAUUGCCAAAAACGCAGCUCUCUAUUUCUGUGGGAGGUAUAAACGAGAUGACAACGGCGUCAAAGCAUGUCAUCACCGCCACGAUCAAAUCGAUCCACGACGGAUUCGAAAAAACUUUAACGUUUUUAACCAUUCCGCGCAUCACAGAUUCUAUACCUACAGAAUCUAUGCCGAAAAGGACCAUAGCGAUCCCUGCCAAUAUACGAAUGGCGGAUCCUGAAUUUUAUAAGUCAGCCGAGCCUGAAAUACUGAUAAGUGCCGGUCCUACGUUAUCCAUGCUCUCAAUCGGUCAAAUCGAUCUAUCCGCCGAAGGAUCAGAUCUCCUGCUUCAAAAGACACGAUUAGGAUGGGUGCUUGGGGGUGACGUGUCGAAUGAUCGCACCCCAACAGAAUCCUGUCUCUUCACCAAUUUACAAGAUGAUCUGGUCAAAUUCUGGGAUGUUGAAGAAGGCAACAAAUCGAAACAUUGGUCCACUGAAGAGCUCGCAUGCGAAGAGCACUUCCGAAAAAAUGUAAAGCGCGAUAAUCAAGGACGCUACAUCGUUGCACUCCCCUUUAAACAAGGACACCCAUCGUUAGGUGAGUCAAGGGGUAGAGCCAUAAAACAAUUGAAUGCUCUCUCACGGCGAUUAAACUCCAACGAAGAACUUCGACAGCAAUAUGCAGCGGGGUUCCAGGAGUAUAUCCGACUAGAACACGUAUCAGAAAUUAUAAAUGAUAAUGGAGAAGGAUUCUAUGGACCGCAUCAUCCAGUCAUCAAAGAAGAUAGUGAAACCACAAAGGUCCGCAUGGUCUACAACGCUUCGGCGAAAACGAGCAACGAUGUUUCAUUAAAUGACGCGUUAAUGGUAGGCCCCACCAUCCAAGACGAUAUAUUUACCUUGCUUCUUCGAUUUCGAAUGUACAAUUACGUCAUCACGGCCGAUAUCGAAAAAAUGUAUCGUCAAUUCAUGGUUCGAGGCGAAGAUCGGAAAUAUCAAAAAAUUUUAUGGCAGGGACCCAACGGAGUGCAAACAUUUGAGUACAAUCGCUUAGUAUUCGGAGUGGCAUCGGCACCGUUUUUGGCUAUUCGAUGUCUCCACCAAUUAGCCGAUGACGAGAAAGGCAAAUUCCCGAGACAGCCCGAAUUUUGA